AUGAUCUUUAAGAUGCAUUAUCAUUUAUAGUACCUGAAGAAAGGGUUCAAUAAUUAGAUUAAUUAGAAAGAAAAUAAGCUUAAGCCUAAAAGAUAAUACUACUUAAGAUCUAUUAUUUGUAUCAAUUUUAUUUAAGUUGGAAAAGAAGUGAUAGUAGCAGAAAAAUAAGAAAGGUAAUGAAAAUCGUAUCUAUCAAAUUUUAUUGUGGUGAUUUAUAAGAAAGAAAAAAUAACUCGAUCAAAAAAAGAAUUUGUAAAAUAGAAUGAGAGAAUUUGAUAGAAUAACAGUAAGAAAAGAUUCUUUUAUUAGUGUUUUGAAAGAUGAUUGA